AUGUCUACUAAAAUACUCUACGUGGUUCUUCUUGCUUUGAGCAUAGUUAGUGCAUUGAAUAGUGUCGGUCAAGGAAGGGACGUACAAAAUCAAAACGACUAUAGUGGCCUUCCAGGUGGAUGGAAUUCUGAUGAUGACAAUUAUAAUGAAGAUUAUUGUUAUAGAAAUUGGCGAAGUUGUGGAAGCUUCUUUGGAAAAGCCGGCAGGGGUUUUGAUACACAGGGUAAAGGAGGUGCUCAUCAUGGUGAUGGGUUUGGUGUUGGAGGUGGAGGUGGGGGUGGAGGAGGAGAAGGAGGAGGAGGAGAAAAUGAUGGAGGUAGUGGCCAUGAAGAGGGACAUGGGUCUGGAGGAGGCAAUAUUGGAGGAGGAGGAGGAGGAGGUGGUGGUGGUGGUGGUGGAGAAGGUGGAGGUGGUGGAAAUAUAGAUGGUGGUUCUGGACAUGGUGAAGGCUAUGGAGCUGGGGCUGGAGUCGGGAGUAAUGGUGGUGGUGGUGGAGGUGGAGAAGGUGGUGGUAGUGGUGGAGGGAUCGGUGGAGGCUCUGGUCAUGGUAGCGGACAUGGUGCUGGUGCAGGUAUUGGAGGUGGAGAUAAUGCAGGAGGAGGUGGUGGUGGUGGAGGAGGCGGGGAAGGGGGUGGAGGUGGCAAUGGAAGUUCUGGUGAAGGUUCUGGUCAUGGUAGUGGUUUUGGCGUUGGAGUUGGUACAGGUGGUGCUGGAGGAGGAGGAGGUGCGGGUGGUGGUGGUGGGGGAGGCGGUGGAAAAGGUUCUAAUGGAGGGUUUGGUCAUGGUAGCGGUUUUGGAGCAGGUGGUGGUGUAGGUAAUAAUGAGGGGGGAGGAGGAGGGGGAGGCGGUGGUGGUGGUGGAGGAGGAGGAGGAGGAGGGUCCAAUGGAGGGUAUGGUCAUGGUAGUGGUUAUGGAGCAGGUGUCGGGUUUGGUGGUAAUGGAGGAGGAGGAGGAGGAGGAGGAGGUGGUGGUGGUGGUGGAGGAGGUGGAGGAUCGGGUCAUGGUAGUGGCUUUGGUGGAGGUGUUGGCUCAGGCAGUUUUGGUGGUGUUGGUGGUAGUGGUGAAGGAUAUGGACAUGGUGAAGGUGGAGGCGUUGGGGCAGGCAGCGCUGGAAAAGGUGCAGGAACAGGAGUAGGCAGUGGUAAGGGUCACAAUGGCAUUGGAAUAGGAUUUGGAAUGGGAAUUGGAUUUGGUUUUGGAAUGGGAAAUGAUAGUGGAAGUGAUGCCAAUGACAAUACUAAUGCUGAUCCUUGA